UGGAAGGCCUUCCUCCUCUAAAUUUACUCGUUAAUAGAUUUCUGCUUUGUCCUCGCAAAUCCGAAAAAUACAGAAAAAUGCGUGAAUGCAUCUCAGUCCAUGUUGGUCAGGCCGGCAUCCAGAUUGGUAAUGCCUGCUGGGAGCUGUAUUGCCUGGAACAUGGCAUCCAGCCAGAUGGUCUGAUGCCGAGUGACAAGACAGUGGGAAGAGGAGACGACUCCUUCAACACUUUCUUCAGUGAGACCGGUUCUGGAAAGCAUGUUCCCCGGGCCGUGUUUGUGGACCUGGAGCCCACUGUCAUUGAUGAGGUACGCUCUGGGACCUACCACCAGCUAUUUCACCCUGAGCAGUUGAUUAAUGGUAAGGAGGAUGCUGCAAACAAUUACGCUCGUGGGCACUACACCAUCGGAAAGGAGAUCAUCGAUCCUGUUUUGGAUAGACUUCGCAAACUGGCUGACCAGUGUAAUGGUCUUCAGGGUUUCCUGGUUUUCCACAGCUUUGGUGGAGGUACUGGAUCUGGUUUCACCUCCCUGCUGAUGGAGCGCCUGUCUGUCGACUACGGCAAGAAAUCCAAGCUGGAGUUCUCCAUCUAUCCGGCCCCACAGGUGUCCACAGCCGUGGUGGAGCCUUACAACUCCAUCCUGACCACCCACACCACCCUGGAGCACUCGGACUGCGCCUUCAUGGUGGACAACGAGGCUAUCUACGAUAUCUGCUGUCGGAACCUGGACAUCGAGCGCCCCACCUACACCAACCUGAACAGACUGAUGAGUCAGAUCGUGUCCUCCAUCACGGCUUCUCUUCGUUUCGAUGGCGCGCUCAAUGUGGAUUUGGCCGAGUUCCAGACCAACUUGGUGCCUUAUCCACGUAUCCACUUCCCUCUGGCCACUUACGCUCCUGUCAUCUCUGCCGAGAAGGCUUACCAUGAACAGAUGACCGUAUCUGAAAUCACGAACGCUUGCUUUGAGCCAGCCAAUCAGAUGGUGAAAUGCGACCCUCGCCACGGCAAGUACAUGGCCUGCUGCCUUUUAUACCGUGGAGAUGUGGUGCCCAAAGAUGUCAACGCUGCCAUUGCCAACAUCAAAACUAAACGUGGGAUCCAGUUUGUGGACUGGUGCCCCACUGGUUUCAAGGUGGGCAUCAACUACCAGCCUCCCACUGUGGUUCCUGGUGGAGAUAUAGCCAAGGUCCAGAGGGCUGUGUGCAUGUUGAGCAACACUACGGCCAUUGCAGAGGCCUGGGCUCGGCUCGACCACAAGUUUGAUCUGAUGUACGCCAAGCGUGCCUUCGUUCAUUGGUAUGUGGGUGAGGGCAUGGAGGAGGGAGAGUUCUCUGAGGCCAGGGAGGACAUGGCUGCACUGGAGAAGGAUUAUGAAGAGGUCGGAACUGAUUCUAUUGAAGGGGAGGGUGAGGAAGAUGGAGGGGAAUAUUAAAAUGGCCUCCUGAUACA